AUGAUCGGUGCCACAUACGGUCGCCUGGUGGGCAUGCUCAUGGUGCACAUGUACGGGCAGGACAACACAGACGAGGGCACCUACGCGCUGCUGGGCGCGGCGUCGUUCUUGGGGGGGUCGAUGCGCAUGACGGUGUCGCUGUGUGUGAUCAUGGUGGAGAUCACCAACAACCUCAACCUCCUCCCACUCAUCAUGCUCGUCCUCCUCGUCUCUAAGGCGGUGGGGGACGGGUUGAACGCGGGGUUCUACGACCUGCACGCGCAGCUGCGCGGCAUCCCCAUCUUGGAGGCGCAGUCGCAGCGCUUCAUGCGCAUGCUGUCCGCGCGCGACGCCGCGUCCACCAAGGUGGUGUACUUUGCGCGAGUGGAGAUGGUGGGGCGCAUAGCGGAGGUGCUGCGGAGUACAUCCCACAAUGGAUAUCCCGUGCUGCAGGACCUCCCCGAUGGGCAGACGGUGCUCGCUGGGCUGAUUCUGCGCAGUCCCCUACCGCCCCCCUUCUCGACCCCCUCUCCGUGCCUUUCGAAUACUCCGCACACUGUCCUACCCAACCCACCACCUCCCACCCCCCAUCUUUGUUCAGCUCUCUAUGCGCUCCCUGGGCAGCUGCUCUUCCUUUCCUCUCCUUCAAACCUCUCCACCCGCCCCCAACUACUUCCCCUCCUCCUCCCCACCCCUUCCCCCCCCUCCCCACCCCUUUCCCCCCCCCCUCCCCACCCCUUCCCCCCCCCCCUCCCCACCCCUUCCCCCCCCCCCCCCUCCCCACCCCUUCCCCCCCCUUCCCCCCCCUUCCCAUCCCUCCCCCCUCUUCCCAUCAGCUCCCUGUGCUCGCUGGGAAGCUAUUCGUUUUCGGACUUUGCCAAGCCGGUGUCCACCAAGGGCAUCAGCAUCGGGGGCAUAGAGCUGUCCCGGGAGCUCUUUGGAGUCCCCUCUCCCAUUCCCCCCGCCCCUACAAUCAGCCCCCUCUCCCUGCGCUCGCUGGGAAGCUAUUCGUUUUCGGACUUUGCGAAGCCGGUGUCCACCAAGGGCAUCACCAUCGGGGACAUAGAGCUGUCCCGUGAGGACCUCACGCUCUGGAUCGACCUGGGGCCCUUCCUCAACCCCACGCCCUUCAUCGUUGACGAGAACAUGUCUCUCACUAAGGUGCACACGCUGUUUCGGCAGCUGGGGCUGCGCCAUCUGUGUGUGGUGCCGCCUCCCUCCAGAGCCGUCGGCAUCAUCACGCGCAAGGACCUUCUGCCUGAGAUUCUGGAGGAGCGGCAUGCAGAGUUUGAGGACCUCACAUGGGAGGAAGGCGAGAUAGAGACAUUCACGCCCCGCCUCCUGCGCCGCGGCUCGUCUGCUGCCCCGCAGUCGCCAGUGCCGCACCUUCAGCAGCAGCCGAUGGAAGUGCAGCUUCGGGAAAUGGGCGCUCGGGAGGAGCCAGCAGUGUUCAUGCCAGCAGCAGCCCUCAUGCAAGUGCACGCAUACCGGCAGGGCAAGUGCAAUCACCAGCACCAGUAG